AUUGUUAUUUGCCCACAUUAGGUACAGAUUACGCCGUGAUUUGUGUGUAGCCCAUCUCGAGGCCUUAAACCCAACCAGAAGUCAUGUAUUAGUGUACAUACGUACACGCCCAACAAGACUAGACUAGACCGGACCAUAAGGCAACUCGCUCUGGCAUCAGCACGCCACUUUUAAACCAAAACCUCUUCGUACAUACACCAUCAAUCCGUCGGAACCGAGUCUUCACAUCCCAUCCCCCCCAUCUAGCAUCGUUUAUCGAUCUCCGGUCUUCUACAUCUUAGCUAGAGACCAUGGCAUCAAGAAAGGUGUCAGUCCUCAAGUUCGUGGGGACUGUCUCGUUGGGUCUCUUAACGGGCACUUCGUACACCCUCUCGGCCUUCACCCUCCCAUCCGUCCUUGAGCUCCCCUCUGCGUCAUCCGCAGCCAAGGCCUUCCGCAACCUCACAUCAACGGCAUCAACACAUCUCACUUCCCUAGCCAGCCUAUCCGGCUCUGCCUUCCUGCUCGCCUUUUUCACAUCCCCUCCUGGCUUCAGACACCCGUACCUACUCUACACGUCGCUAUUCUGCUUUGCCACCCGCCUGUCCGACUACGUGACGCCGUCCAUCUUCGGCGCCCCCGUCUCCAGCUUCUCCGCCGCCGCGCAGCGCCGGGCCGUGGUCCAGGCCCGCAAGGACAAGAAGGCCGCCCGCCGCAUGGAGGCUUCCUACGAAGAUCUCGGCGGCUCGCACAGCGACGAGGCCAGCGGCGAGGAGCACGAGGAGGACUUCAACGGCGAGGAGGUCCGCAGCGAGGUCCAGUACUUCGUUCGGAACCAGUUGAUACAGACGGCCCUCGCGGGCAUCGGCUUCGCCAUGGCGGUCGUCGGUAUCUGGGGCGAUGGUGCUCUGGGUGUCUCGGAGACGCUUGUGAUUGAGUUCUAAGGUGGGGGAAUCCUACGGAACCUCAAUGUAGGGAUAGGGGUGGUCUGAUUCUCAUCGUUUGUUCAAGUCUCGAUGAAGAUAUGAACCGGCUAGAAACCUACGGUUGGGUGGAAUACUGUCGGAGAUACACAUAUAUAAGAUAUCCUUGAGGCUUUUAUCAGUAGGCUUGUUCGGAUCGGUUGUUGUAUAUUUCACGCUCCCACCUCUCUCUGAGAUGUUUGCAUGCAUGCACGCGUAGUAACAAAAGAAAGAUACAAAAAAUAUAGCAUAGUAUGGGCGUUUAUUUUAAUUUUAGCACCGUAGUAAACGAGAACUUGUCAUAUCA